AUGGCGCCGAGAUGCAAAGAUCGACGCUGGAUCAUCGAGGAACAGCAAACCAUCGAGAAUAAUCUGCCUGUGCAAGACCCGGAAAUUGCGCUCUUGUCACCAUCAUGUUCACUAAACAGUGGUCCAGUUCCUCCGGGUCCCAGCAAUAGCAAAAAUUGUCCCAACAGACGAGCGUAUCAUCCCAAAGUCGUCACUGGUUGUCUCACCUGUAAACGGAGACACUUGAAAUGCGACGAGACCAAGCCAAAUUGUCUGAGAUGCAGGCGCAGCAGCCGUCAGUGUGACGGCUACAUUGUCCGCAAAGCUUGGAUUUUCGAACCCUCUGGAACCAAGGUGUCAGAUAUGUCUGCCAAUUCCGCGCUCCUGCAGAAGGAAAUCUCAACGGAACAAGGGACAGAUCUUGGGACCUGGGCUUUCCAGUACUUCUGUGAAGUGGCCACGCCCGCCAUGGCAGAAUGGACGUUUGCGAGCAGCGCCCAGGACUUUUGGUUCCGUCAUGUCCGACAAUGCGCGACGUCGAUACCGGGGGUUCGUCACCUCGCAGUCGCCCUCGCCGGCAGGCAUAAGUGCACGUCUAAUCUGGCUCCGGACGAGCCCUCCUUUGCAUCGGGACAAUAUCUCCAAGCUUUGUCCUGGCUCAUUCGAGAAAAGGAGGCAAUUUGUGUGGACACGGUGCUUCUGUGUUGCAUCUUGAUAGCCGUUUACGAACAUCUGGAUCCACAUACCGAGUGUUAUGCGGGGUUGUCACAUCUCGCCGCUGCUUUUCGCAUCAUGAACGACCCUAGUACCACGUGGACCUCUGCCACCAGAGCCAUGUACUCCAUAGCUCUACAGGUGGAGACGGCGGUUUCCAUCUUCAGAACUCCCAUCGUACUUCCUGGUGCUGAACCGACGGUUGCCUUCGACCAGAGCAUCCCACAUCUACCAGAAGCAUUCCAGAGUGCUGCUCAAAUGCAACGAACGUUCUUCGAGAUCUUUCGCUGGCGGUUUUUAUAUUCCCUCUACCACAGAGAAUGGACCAGUGAUUGUUCUGGCUUUCACCAGCUCCACAAGUUCAUGCGGCAGUGGUACGGACUAGUUUGCAAUUUUAUCUGUAGAUUCAACGAAGAGAACCCCGCGAGCGAAGACCUCCAGCUCGCCAAGACAAUGUCAGUCCAGUUUCGGAUGAUAUAUGCUGCCCUCUGGUAUUCGAUCAGUGACAAGAACCCCAAGCAUCAGCGUCCCGGUCAUGCCAAUUUGGUUGGCUUGUCGGAUUCUGACGAAGUGACAGUUUUUGUCCCUUUCAAGGUUGACCCGCAGUACGACAACCAGGGUUUGCGGCUAGAAUCCGGUACAUGUCACAAGCCAACCGGAAUCUGGCCUGUUAUUGAGAUCAUCGGGUCUCCUGAUCAGUCUCGAUAUGUGCGAUUCACAGCAUAUGCUAGCGCCGGUGGGUCAGCAAGGUGA